AUGCUCAUCUUCUUAUUAAUUGAUGAGCGUCCAGAAGAAGUGACGGAUGUUUCCCGCUCCAUAAAAGGGGAGGUUAUCAGUUCCACCUUUGAUGAGCCUCCGGAACGGCAUGUACAAGUUGCGGAUAUGGUCAUUGAAAAGGCGAAACGCUGGGUCGAAUAUGGUAAAGACGUGGUGAUUAUGCUGGAUAGCAUGACACGUCUCGUGCGAGCCUGUAACAUUGUGGCACCCCACAGUGGUAAAACAUUAUCGGGUGGUAUUGACGCACUUGCGUUUAUGAAGCCACGUCAGUUUUUCGGGGCGGCACGAAAGUUUGAGGAUGGCGGCAGCUUAACAAUCAUAGCUACCGUAUUGAUUGAUACCGAAAGCCGAGGCGAUGAGCAUAUUUAUGAAGAGUUAAAAGGUACUGCAAACAUGGAGAUUCACUUAGAGCGUUCUCUGCUAGAACGGCGUAUUUUCCCCUCCAUCGACAUCGGCAAGUCGAAGACCAGACGCGAGGAGCUGCUUCUAAAGCCAGAGAUACUCAGCAAAGCGUGGAUUUUGCGCAAAUUCAUGGGGCAGAUGAACACCGCUGAAUCAAUGGAACUCCUUGUUGAACACUUAGGAAAAACAGAGACAAACGAGGAGUUUGUUGAUAUGAUGAUAAACAAUACCAAAGCCAACGGUCCCACCCGUGGUGGACGGUAUCAGUGGUAG